UGAUCCCGGAGCAGCGCAGCAGCAGCGGCGCGUCUGUCGCAGCUUCCCCCGCGUUACCACCACAACCCCGCUGAAGAGUUCCUCGAUGCGUCUCCAUCCCUGGAUCUACCGCGUCCUCAGGUCCCACGUGCAUUAGUGGUGCUUAUUUAUAUAUCGUCAGUUUCAGGAGAGCAUGUGCGUAAUUGCGCGCGGGUCGCCGGGGUGCCACCGGGAGUGAGUUGGGCAAUAUGCGCCGCUGGGAUAUGAUUUUCACCCGAGAGGCUUAUGGAAUAUAGGCCGGUGUGUCUCAGCCUGCAUGCCCUGUGCUCCAGCCCCGUGAAGAAGAAACUAAUCCUGCUCAGCAUCAUGUUUUUCAUCUGGGUGUACAUGCUGUACUCCUGCGUGGGCUACUGCUCCACGAUGCCAACUUUGGCGGUGGACGGUUACCGGGGCAAGGAGGCCGGCCCCGCGGUGGGCAGGAGGACAGAGAGCGGCGGGACGGACCUGGUGUCCCGCCUGCUCGCCAAGCCGCAGCCGUGGGAGGAUGUGGAGAGCGACUACGAGGAGCCGUCCGUCCGCACCGGCGCGUCCCGGGACCUGCUCAACGACGAGCCGGACGCGGACCGAGCCGAGGAGUGGGACGAGACGCGCGGCGAGCAGCAGAGAGCCCCGGAGCCCAGCGCCAUGUCCAGCUUCUCCAACGGCUCCGGGAGCAAGAAGCUGCCGCAGGCGAUCAUCAUCGGGGUGAAGAAGGGAGGCACCCGGGCUCUGCUGGAGUUUCUCCGGGUUCAUCCGGACAUCAGGGCCGUGGGAGCGGAGCCGCACUUCUUCGACCGCAACUACGAGAACGGACUGGAGUGGUACAGGGAGCUGAUGCCCAAGACCCUGGAGGGCCAGAUCACCAUGGAGAAAACCCCCAGCUACUUUGUGACCAGAGAAGCUCCCGCCCGGAUCUCCGCCAUGUCCCGGGACACCAAGCUGAUCGUGGUGGUGAGGGACCCCGUCACCAGGGCGAUCUCCGACUACACACAGACACUGUCCAAGAAGCCCGACAUUCCCUCCUUCGAGAGCCUCACCUUCAAAAACAGGACUACGGGGCUCAUCGACACCUCGUGGAGCGCCAUCCAGAUCGGCAUCUACGCCAAGCACCUGGACAACUGGCUGCAGUACUUCCCCAUGGGCCAGAUCCUGUUCGUGAGCGGCGAGCGGCUGAUCAGCGACCCGGCCGGAGAGCUGGGCCGCGUGCAGGACUUCCUGGGGCUCAAGCGGAUCAUCACGGACAAACACUUUUACUUCAACCAGACCAAGGGUUUCCCGUGCCUCAAGAAGGCCGAGGGCAGCAGCAAGCCCCACUGCCUGGGAAAAACCAAAGGGAGGACCCACCCGAACAUUGACCCCGAGGUGGUGCAGAGGCUCCGGGACUUCUACCGGCCCUUCAACAUGAAGUUCUACCAGAUGACGGGACACAACUUUGGUUGGGAUUGAUGUGAAGGUCCCGAGAGACUUGGUUGGAUUUGUUGAGAAGUUUUUUUUGUUUUCCUCUGUAAUUCAAUGGCAAGAUGUGGAAAUAUUGCUAUAUAUAUGUAAAAUGUACAGAAAUCUAUUUUAUAAUAAUUUAUUUUUAUUUCUAAGCAAUUAAUUCACUAAGCUGCCUAACCAUAUUUGUACAUAACAUCUGACCCAUGUUUUUUUAACAUUCCUCAUUUUGAUUUGGAGUUCUCUCGCUCCUCGUCCUGUAAACUCAGUGGAUUUACUGGUGCUUCAUGACGAAGACUGUCAGCGAUGCCUGGAGAAGAAACUGGGGUGGAACAUGUAAAAGCACCAUAUUACGGGUACAGAGUGGAGAACACAUAUCCAUUGUGCGUCCUCAUUUAUAUAUGCAUCACAACUUCAUCCUGUUCGAACCCUGAGUGUGAUUCUUCUACAAGUUGUUUCACUAAGGCUACGUCCAUACUACCACGCUUUCAUUUGGAAAUUUAAAACAAAUACGCCAACGUAUACAAAGUUACUCUGGAGUUUUAGAGCCUGUUUUAGUUUAAAAACUCUGCGUUUUAGUCUGAAUGCUUCGAAACUGUAAUGUUUGAUAACACUGACGCUCACAAACGCUUGAUGAUUGGAUCCUUAGUUCCCAUCACAUGACGGCAUGAGCCUCGGAUGCAUCUUACAAAGCUACAACCACUUGCAUGUGUCCAACCCAGUGUACGUUGGCGGUCACGUGAUUCAAUUUCAGUAUGAAACGGGAUUUAAAAUUGAUCGGAGCCAAAAUCCUUAUGUUGACAGAGACCGUUUUAGUUUUUCAAACUCCAUUUUCAAAUGAAAACACAGUCGUGUGGCCGUAGCCCUAAAAUACAGACCUUCCACUUUCUUGUACCACAAAAUCUUUGUUUGUCUUCGGCCUGAGCUGCAGAUCUCGUGUCCCUUUCCUCUCAGUAACAGGUAGAUCAAUAGUCCUAAUUGAUCCUCAUUGUGUCGCUCAUACUUAGAGAAUACAGCUGCCCUUUCAUCCUCAGUGCUCCUGCUGCCUGCUCUAAUGAAUGACCCGUCCGUCAAACGUUAAACCCCAUCCCGGGCCCCAUCAGUGCCCAUGUUAACAUUAUGCUAAUUGCGUAAAGGUAACUGGAAGAUCAAUCGAGCCCCCCCGCCCCCCCCGCUCUCUGACUCCCCCAUUAGGAGCAGCGUUGACUCAGAGCCAGACUCCUGCUCUAUCCGUCCGGUUCAAAGGUCACGCGAAGUCUCAAUCAAAUUUCCUUGAGCAGCAUUUGAUUUGUUGUAAGAGAGCAGAGCAGCGGGAAAAGGAUGGGGGGUGCGGGGGGUAGGUGUAUGUGCCUUGUUUUUUCACGGUAAGAUGGAAAAUCUUUUGCGUGAGGCAGCAGAGGCGCAUCUCUCCGAAGUGGAGCUUGAAGAUAGAAAAGAUGAGAGACGGACGGCAGAGUCGGCCUCCAGAUCUCCUCACUGAGGAGAUCAAAGGGAGAGGAAAGGGGUUUUUAGUGCAGCAAGAAUGGCCUCAGGCGGGGGUUUCAUUGUCUAACCUCUCCGGUGUCAUCACAAAUCCUCAUGUGCCGCCGAUAUACUUUAUGCCUUACUCACCGCCGUCAUCCUCACCCGCUGCAUCCCCUCCCUCCCUCCCUCCACCGCUGAUCUCACCUCCCAACUUGUUGCCAAAAAAGACAAAAAAAACCACCUUUGGGUUUAUAUCACGUUUCCAUCCUCCUCCCCCACCC